AUGCCUGUGCAGUGCCAACCUCAUCUGGGUCAAAUCAGAGUUAAAAAGCCUACCACGACUAGCCAGCAGGAAUUAGACUCUAAGACCGUCUGCACGCCCGAGAUAGGCAGUCCCGCGGGCUUCCCGCAGGAUUUUUGCGGCGGUCCUGCAUCCCGUCCCAUGCAGGAUGGGACGGGACGGGACGCGGGAUAUCCCACUGCGGGACGACCCCCUAAUGGAGGCCGUCAUAGGAAGGCCCAGCCGAGGCUGUUCCGAGAAUCAGUUUGUCGCCGCGAUAUUUACAUUGCUCUAUGCGAUGACCCACGGCAACCACAUCAGCCCGACUCUUGGCCUGAUUCUCGCCGUCGUCUCGCGUUUCCACCUCGCUUCGGAUUCAGUGGAGCGCCGACUUGGCUGCCGUAUAUCUUCAAUCCCACGUCGUGGAAGCCCCAUGACGAUACGUCGUUUGCCGUUAUGUUCUACAUUAACUUCAUCGUCCCCUGCGCAACAACUUUGCCGACGGUGUUUGCCGGGUUUGAGAUGAAGGGCGGCCAGAUGCGAGAUUCGUCCAUCGUCAAAGUUAUCUCGAUACGCAGAAAUACUGACGCCAUCAACAGUGGUUUGGUCUCUGCACGCAUUGCGCACGAUGACGAACUUGUUUUCGACCGUUCUUCUCAUCCCGCUCUUGGAGAUCUUUCUGCACGCACUUUCCUGCUACGAUAACGAGCUUGACAAGCCGCUGCUUCCGGAGUCACCCAGUCAGUGUCUCUCCGGGCGCUAUCUCCCUCCAUUCAUAUUGUCCAUUGGAAGCUUGCUUUAUCUUACAAUCCUGGAAGAGUUCAAAUAUAGCAUCAUCCUGGAACUAGCUCGACAGGAAGAAAAGAGCGAUCAGAAGAAAAGAGCGAUGCACAGGGCGCUGACAGCGAACAAUACGAUGAUCCAAACUAGCUAGGAGUCCGCCCUGAAGCAGGUGCUCAAGAAC